CUGGCUGUUUAACAUCCGGAGUUGCGCAGUGAGAGUCAGCUGACAGUUGGUGUAACGUCUCCACCGGAGAGACCCUGAACGGAGAAAAACAGCCUCCCUUCGCCUCCACCGACUCCACCGGACAGCCGUUACCCCACGGGACACACAGCCACGUCUUCCCGCCUUCCGCAGGGAUGAGUGUCGGCGCUCCGAGAGGCCUGGCCAGCUCGGGGCAGAAGCCCAUCACGGAGAUCCUCCACCCGCUGUCCGCCGCCGAGGAGACGCUCUCCCCGGGGCCAGAUGUCACCGUCAGCGGCGGAGGGGAGAAGGAUUCAGGGCUGACCAACGGCACGCCGGUCGAGACGUCGAGUCCGGCCUCUGCCUCGCUGCUCUUCAACCGGCUGCAGCUGGAGGACGACUUGGACGGAGACGCUCGAGAUCCUUACGCCUCCACAGAAACCAGAGAUCUGUUCGUCACCGUCGACGACCCAAAGAAGCACGUGUCCACCAUGGAGACGUACAUCACCUACAGAGUCUCCACCAAGACUACACGGAUAGAGUUCGACCUGCCAGAGUACUGCGUGCGGCGGCGUUACCAGGACUUCGACUGGCUGAGGAUCAAGCUGGAGGACAGCCAGCCCACUCACCUCAUCCCUCCGCUGCCAGAGAAGUUUGUGAUGAAGGGCGUGGUGGAUCGUUUUUCAGAGGAGUUCGUGGAGACGAGGAUGAAAGCUCUGGACAAGUUCCUCAAACGGGUGGCCGACCACCCCGUCCUCUCCUUCAACCCGCAUCUAAACGCCUUCCUGUCUGUCAAGGACCUGAACAAACGUCAGGGUCUGGCCCUGCUGACCAAAGUGGGCGAAUCGGUGAAGCAUGUGGCCGGAGGCUACAAGCUGAGGGCACGGCCGCCGGAGUUCUGUGCGAUGGGGGAAUACUUGGAUACCUUCACCCAGAAGUUGGGAACCAUCGACCGCAUCGCUCAGAGGAUCCUAAAAGAGCAGUCAGAGUACGUAACGGAGCUGCGUGAGUACGGCACCGUCUACUCCAGCUGGGCGGCGUCCGAGGAGGAGCUGCGGCGCCCCCUGGAGGGCGUGGCCGGCUGUGUGACGACGUGUUGCGGAGCGUUGGAGGACCUGAGUGAGAACAUGAGCCAAGACUUCCUGCCUGUACUCAGAGAAUAUGUUCUCUAUAUAGAGUCCAUGAAGAACGUUUUGAGGAAGAGAGACCAGAGCCAGGCGGAGUACGAAGGACGUCUGGAAGCAGCGAUUUUACGCAAACAAGAAGACAGAACGCCCAUGCCCGUGGAGGUGGAGAAGUGCCAGGACAAGGUGGAGUGUUUCAACGCCGACCUUAAGGCCGACUGGGAGCGCUGGCAGAGGAACAAGAGACAAGACUUCAAACAGCUCCUCACCGGGAUAGCCGACAAAAAUAUCAACCAUUAUGAAAAGUGCCAGGCGGCGUGGGAGUCGCUCAUAACUCUCCUCCAGGAAAAACAGACCGAGGACAAAACGAGUGAGACGAACUGAAACUCCUCCUCAUGUCUCGGCCGCCUCAUCCUUCUCAUGCCAAGGAAACAGACCAACCGGGCAGCAGAUCUGAACUGCUGGACCUCUGCCCCAGUUCUCCUGUGAGACGACUGGACGGAGUGAAGACGUCUCCGAGAGCUUCGGCCUACGAAGGAGGUAAUGAACGGUGCGUUUAAGGACAGCUGGGAAAGAGAAGAAACCUACUAUGUACAGACUGAUUUUGUUUUUGCUUUUUUGCUGUUGUUCUUAUUGACUUUUUCUACUUCAUAUUUCCAGUUAACAGUCGAUUGCCAAUGCUGCUUGUGUUUAUUUAACCGCUGUCUCAGAGGAAGUGUUUCGUUUGUCCUCUGUCUGUUUUCUCAUCGAGUCAAAUGAGAACGGUUGUAGAAAACAUUGGGUUUUGUUACGUAUUCGGAACAUCUUCGAGAUCCUUCCUCCUGCCGGGUUGCCAACACUGAAACUCUCCACUGAAACAAGGCUCAUGAAAUCAUUUUUUCGUCUCCUGGCUCCUGGCAUAUUGGCUUUAAGAAGCCAUUUUUUUGUGCUUUAAGGGACCAUACCUGUUAGUUUUGGAAGAUCCAGCCCAUGACUUCUGUUAAACUUACCGUUCCUGUUAUUUUCCAACAGUUCAUAAACUUUUUUCAUAGAUUUCCUGCAGUCAUUGUUGUUAAAAUGUGCUUGCAGAGACCAAGAGAUAAUAAUCUGGAGGUUCAGUUCCAGAUCUCACCGUUAGACUUGAGUAAAAGCCUCUCGUUGUUCUCAAAAGGGAAACUCUCUGUUCUGGGGAUUAAUGGACAGACUGCAUUUAACGAUGACGACACAAGUCUGAGCUGAAUGCUGAGGUUUCUCUCAGACAUCAGUUUGUGGAAAUUAUUAGAAGCUGAGCACAAACACAGGAAGCAGGUUUGGUUUACAGAGCAGCAGCUCCAUCUUGUGGUCAAGUUGUGAAUAGUUUUCUGAUCUCUGAGGUAAAAACAGCGUGCUACCUCUGUUCAUUUCUUCUUGUCAUCGUCAUUCAUACCUGCUGUAGGUUCUCUUCUUCAAGCAAACGCUUUACCUCAGAUGUUAAACGGUGUAGACUCCAUUGGUACUCUCUAAUUUAUUCAGUUCUAAAUCUAUUUCCUGCAGUAGUCUGCCUUAGUGACGCCCAUUCAUUGAAACUUUCUGGAGGAAACAAACGCUGCAUUGGAAACAUGCAGCAUUUUUACACCUCCACCAGAAUGUGUGUCUUGUUUCAAAGAGAGAAACGGUUCAACGCUGAAUGAAAAGUUCAUAAAAGGUGUCUUUGUUUUGUAAAGUGCAGCCGUCAGGUGAACAUCUGUCUCCUCAUCGGAAGCUCUGCUGCUGCUCACAGGGAAACGAUAAUCUCCUGGGAAAUUCCUGCAGUGUGGUGUAAACAUCUGGGUAGACGGAUAAAAGGGAGUUAAAACUACACUGUGAGUGAUGCAGCCUUAAGUCAGCUGUUUUCAGAGGUCAGAUUGGGAGUGAAUGACUCAGUUAUGUGGAAAUCAGUUUGACGUUGAGACCUCGUCCGCUGAGCUCUGAUUCACAGGAAACAUCCUCCAGAACAGCUUUUUUUUGUGCGUCAGACUCCUUUCUCAUCUUCUUGCUGAUGUGGCCUUGCAGUCUUAUUAUUGCAAAAAUCCAGUUUUGCUGCGUUCACGUUUUAUUAGAAUCUGCUGAGAGUUCACCAGUAUUCACCGUUUGUUUCUGAUCUGGUGAUCGUCUUUCCUCCGUCCUCGGCUGUCCUGAUAGUUCCUGACACUCAGCAUAAAGUAGCAAAAAAUCUAAAUAAAAAAGAAACUUGACCAACGAUUUAACGGCACGGCAGACUCAGUCAUGUGACGUCUUCGCAGCACCGCGUUUAUUCAGACUUUUAGCUUUUGAUCUAAACGGGUAAUAAUCUAGAAGAGUUUCUUUACUGUCAGGAUUUUCAGAAUAAAGGUGCUGAUUUAUUUUUUCUGUGCUCCUGCAGUCUUUGUUUAAAAACAAAAAAGAAUCUCCUUUAUUUUAGUUCUUUUAUUACUAGAAUGGUUUUAUUUUUUAAGGUGAUGCCACAUAACUGAGUCUGCCGUCUGUGCAACGAAAGGUGAGAUAAAGUUUCUGCAGACGGCUUUUAGUUUGUUCUUUCUUGUUGUUUUGUUUUCCAUGUGUUCCCCUUGAGCUUUAAAAGCAUGAAGCAGCUACUGUGUCGUCUUGUUGACUUUGUUUGUACCUGAAGCCAACCAGGUGACACAUGAAGAAUACUGAGUUUUUUCGCUCUCUAGGUCGCUGUGAUUCAGUCUAAGGCAGCUAAGAUGGACUCGUCUACGGAUGCACCGAUGCUAAAAGGUUAAAGUACCGUAUUUGUGAGACAGAAUACCAAAAUGUUAAAAUGUGCUACAAAGAAAAAGGGUCACGAGUGUUCAGAAAUCACAAAUACUGUCAGAAAAAUAGUUUGAUUCUGUCAUUUUUAUGCCCAGACUUGUUUUGAAAGGACAUUUCCGGCAUAAGAUAAUAGUGAUUCACAUCCACUGUGAUUGGAGCCAUAUUAAAAGCACUUUUCACUCUCAUUUAGUUACGAGAACCGCUGAAAUUAAGCGGAAAUGUUGACUUCAGAACAGCGAAGCAUCAGUGUUCAGCAAAGUUCUAGUCUUUGACCACUGUAGGCGCUCUAGAGCAAUAUUUCUAAAGGCUGCUCCUCAAUUUCUUUGCAUUUGUUUGUCUAUUUCCAAGAAAACCCCACAUUUCUUUUAUCAGACUAUUAUAAUUUUCAUUUCAGACUCAUAGUUGCGCACGACACAAGAAAUAAAACAGUAUUUGACAGUUUCCAUCCUUUUCUGCUGCAUUUCGUCGUCUAACUGCAAAGAGAAUGUACCAAACAUGACAGAAAUUUAAAAAAAAAAAAAAACAUCCGAUAAGCUGUAAAUCAGACUUCCGGACUGGUUUCUGUUUACAGCCGAGCUCUGUGAGUCGUUGCAUCGCUGCAUCCGUAGACUUCAGUUUGGUGUAAAUGAAGUUCUGGGAUUAUUCUGACUGCAGCUGAAUUCUAUAAACGGCCGAGUCUGUUUUUCUAUGAGAGAAACAGGAGGUCACUGUUGGGGUUCUGAUGAGGAGAUUAGUUCUAUAAAGGACGGAAGAUUAACGAUGUAAAUGUGGCAUAAGUAAAAUAUGACAAAUGGAAGGUUAUUUUUACUUCUGACAGCCAUCAGACCCCCAGCAGUGGCUCUGUUUGCUGCCUGUACUCCUUCAUCAAUCAUUGUAAAAGCCCAUCCUUUACUGUGUGCCUGCUCAUUUCAUUUGCACUAUACAUGUAGCUCCAGAAGAAUACAUUUAAAACUUCCAAAAAACAACAAUAAACUGUCUGGUCGGUUGAGACACUUUUUUGUGUCGCCGGGUUAAGAGGGGAGUUUUCUUUUCGGUACAAAACAAAACGUUUCGAAGCCAAAUGUCGUUUCCUCCCGUCUUCCCUGCGGAGAUUCACACGUGAAGAGAAGCUCUGGUGUUCGAUCCGACCCGUCUUAUGAACGUGUGAAUCCGGCUUCAGCUCCUCCCCAGUGUGUACUGUUUACGUUCACAGUCCUUCUUGUACAUUUGGAUGUUAAUAACAUUUUGUUGUAAUUAUAAAUACGCUUGUAUAUUGAUGUUUUGAUGCAAUUUAUCUUUACCACAAAUGAUUUUUUUCGGAUAUAUCGGACCAAUAAUAAAGAGAGCGAAUGCAUUUGA